AUGAUGCGGUUGGGUCUAUUGAUAAUGUUUUCUUCUUUCAUUUUUACUGAUGCAACUCACUUCAAUGGAGGAACAAUCCGAUGGAGUCCCAUUGAUCCUUAUGAUAAUGAUACUUCAAAUGAUAUUGAUAUUAUUCAGUUAUAUUCAUGGACAUAUCCAAAUAUACGGUGCGCCAACGAUGUACCUAUCACAACCAGCGGUAGAAGUAGUGCCAACACUAAUUUGACUUGUGUUGUCGACUGCUCUACUGAUGGUGGUUAUUCUAAUGCUCCAAUCAGCAUUCUCACUGACUGCAUAUCGUUUAAUUCAACUUUGAAAACGAUGAUAAGUGAACGAUCACGCAAUGUUACGCUUUCUGCUGAUGCACAUUUCUAUCUAGCUUAUAGAGGGUCUUCUUGGGUAGCAUUAAAUGAUCCGUUGCAAAGCGGUCUUCAAUGGUCGAUUGUAGCAUAUAUUGAUCUUCGAAAACGACCAGAUGGUUUCAUUAAUACUCCACCUGUUGCCAAUUUUGUUUCGCCUCAAUAUACUAUGGUAAAUCAGACAAUACAAAUUAACAUUUCUGUGUCGGAUGUGAACGUAGGGGAUGAUGUACGAUGUCGAUGGUCAACAUAUACAGCCGGAUAUCGAAGACGAAAACGAUCAGAAGAAGAACAUAUCGAGCAUCAAUCUGUGACUCAUGUUUACAACAAAUUAACUACCGACGAAGAAUCGAUUCAUUUUAGGGAGAAGAGAUCUGGAUCUGCGUGUAGCGGUAAUUGUAGCUCAUUAUGCUCAUAUGGUUGUAGCUGCAACUGUUCUAGCUGUGUUUCUACAACUUGUACUGGUGCAACAUGUACUGACAGUGGAGAUUGUCUAAUGGCAACGGAUACGAGUACAAUCAUUGGAACAGGCACAGCCGAUGAAAUCUUCACAUAUGAUGAUUCAAUCACCACUGUUACAACUACAAUCGACGGUCAAAAGCCAUUAAAAUCAACUUCAUCGUUUCCUCAUCGCCAGGCGGUUGACGAAUGUGGUGGCAUUUGUUAUCCUGAUAGUAUGCCUAAUGGUACAAAUCUAACCGACUGCACUGUCACAUUCACGGGCCUCAAGGGUGGUGUCUGGUACGGUGUUGCUAUUCAGGUUGAAGACUUCAUCAAUACAACAAGUAUGGUACCUAUGAGUUCUGUUCCUGUUCAAUUGUUGAUUUAUGUACAACCUGAACCAACUUGCUCAAAGAAUCCUACAAUUUUCCCUCUACAACAGUGCUUAGAAGUGCAAGCCAACGUCUCAAUUACCUUUAAUAUAUCUGCAAAGAAUCAAUGCAUUCCAAGUAUAGACACACUUGCAGAUAUUCUUGUUUCCAUGAAUAUUACUGGUAUGAGUCGUAGUAAUCUGACAAGUGUAUCAGCAAACUCCUCGGUCUCUUAUGUCGAGUUCAAUUGGACACCGCAGAUGAAUCAAAUUGGAUAUCGGCAGCUCUGUGUCAUUGCAAUUACAAAAAAAAAAUUGCAAUCUAACCAGUAUUGUAUAAUUUUCACUGUGAAAAACUCGUCUGAACUUUGCAUAACAACAACAACUACAACCGCAACAACAUCGACGACGACUACCUCAACUAGUGCUACAACAUCAACAACCACAUCGACAACAUCAACUACAACAACGACAACAACAGCCACCACGACAUCAACAACAACUACAACAACUGCAACCACAACAACUACAACUACAACGGCCACAACAACUACUACGACCAGUACGUCGACAACAUCUUCUACAUCGACAACGUCAACAAGUUCAACAACGUUGACCACUUCGACGCUCUCAGAAAAUCUCAAUACUCAAGCGUUCAAUUAUUUGCCUCUUGUGAUUGGACUCGCUCUUGGUGUUCCACUAUUGCUUGCUGUCGGCAUAUUAACUGCCUGUCUUUGUUGUCGAUGCUGUCGAGGCGUCUUCUGGAGACGAUUGCGCCGAUGGUUUUGGAGAGACAAACGUGUCUACUGCGAAUCAUGCAAAGGACACUGUACUGGUCACUUACCUGACAAUAACAAGAAAAUAGACAGCGAAGAUAUGCGAGACUAUCGACAACAAUAUGUCAAUAGUAAACCACGACAGGCAACAGCAGAUUUAUUUAGUGAAGAUUCGUUUCUAUCUGGGUCACUUUCACUGUUUGAUGCUCCAGCAUUGACAGCGUCUCAGACUACUUUCUUGUCGUCACCCUCAAUGAAUAUCUUACCAAUAGAGGAUAAUCCAACACCAUGGGCUUUUCCUACGCAACCAACUUCUGUUAACGCUGUUGGUUCAAUGCUUGUUCGGGCUUAUGUGGCACAAGAGCAGAGAAAAGAAAAAAAUUUCAAUUGA